AGCGGGAGGAGGCGGAGGAUGUUCCCGGCGGCUGCGGCCGGGGCAGCGCGGACCAGAGACGCGGCGUGCGGAGCCCUCAGCAGCCCGGCGGAGCGCGGCAGCGGACGGGCGGCGAGUUGCAGGCUCUCCGCUGCCCCGGGCACUCCGACCGCGACUCCCGGGCUUUGUCUCCCGGGACGCCUUCGUGUUGACGGUCAGGGGGCUCCGGGUCGGCGAAGGGCGCGGGCUGGGCGCCGCCGGGCCCCGGCCCGGACGCGACGCUCGGAAGGGAAGGGGCGGACAAAAAAAGACCAAAUGGCAAAGCAACCUUCCGAUGUAAGUUCUGAGUGUGACAGAGAAGGUGGACAAUUGCAGCCUGCCGAAAGGCCUCCUCAGCUCAGGCCUGGGGCCCCCAUCUCUCUACAGACAGAGCGGCAAGGUAAUCCCGAAGGAGAAGGGGACCGCUGCCCCCAAGGCAGCCCGCAGGGCCCACUGGCCCCACCGGCCAGUCCCGGCCCUUUUGCUACCAGAUCCCCGCUUUUCAUCUUCGUGAGAAGAUCUUCCCUGCUGUCUCGAUCCUCCAGUGGGUAUUUCUCUUUUGACACAGACAGGAGCCCGGCACCCAUGAGUUGUGACAAAUCAACACAAACCCCAAGUCCUCCUUGCCAGGCCUUCAACCAUUAUCUCAGUGCGAUGGCUUCCAUGAGGCAGUCUCAGGCUGUACCUGCAGAUAUGCGUCCGGAGAUAUGGAUUGCGCAAGAGUUGCGGCGUAUUGGAGACGAAUUUAAUGCAUAUUACCCAAGGAGGGUCUUUCUGAAUAAUCACCAAGCAGCCGAAGGUCACCCCCAAAUGGUUAUCUUACGACUGUUACGCCACAUCAUCCGUCUGGUGUGGAGGAUGCAGUGACAGCGGGUUCCUCACGGAGCCGGGAUGUGCAGACAUUUUGCUCAUUCAGACCGACAAGCCCAGCGCCUCGGUGUCUCGGUGCCCUUGCUGUGCAGCCCGAGGUCCCUUGCCGGAGGGGGCGGGCGGGGAGCCUGCCGGUGUGGCCCCGGAGAACACCGAGCUGCACGUGGACCUGACCUUGUCUUUCAUCAUCACCACGCGGCCGAAUUUCUAACAGAAGCUCGUUGUGAAUGUAAAUGAGGGAGGAUUGUCUUUUUAAACAAUGUACAAAUCAUGGUUCUUUGGAGCAGGAUUUUAUGCAAGAAUGGUGUUUACAUGCCGUGUGUUUUUUUUUUUGUUCCCACCUUCUUUGA